AUGGCGCUUUCAACCACCACUGUUACCAGUGCUUCCCACACCGCUACCCUGGUGUACGCUUCCCACACCAACUCAGCAGGCCAGCCUGAGGUCUCGAGAGUGUAUCAAUACUACUCGUACAAACCCACCGUGGCCGGUGCAGCAGUGUUUGCCGUGCUGUUCGGCCUCGCUUUCAUCUCUCUCAUCGUGCAACUGGUUCUGAGCUGCAAAAACAGAACGCGUGCUGAGCAUCAGCUGGAGAUCCCAGGCUUCGACAAGGAAAACCCGUUCCAAAGCGCCAACGGGCAGCUGGCUGACCCACAGCCGAUGGUGUUCGCACCUGCCACGCCGUGCACCAACACGAGACUGGUCACCAAGUUCUUUCCGCUGCUGAUCGGCGUGCUCACCGAGUGCGGAGGCUACAUCGCGCGUAUUGUUUCGAACAGCGACCUUUAUGCACUUGGGCCCUACGUGGCGCAGACUGUGAUGUUGCUGGUCGCUGCUGCGUUUAUGGCGGCAACCAUCUACAUGAACUUUGGCCGCCUGUUGGUCUUGAUGAACGCCACCAGUGUCUCUUUUGUUCCCAUCCGCUUUAGUACCACCAUCUUUGUUACAGGCGAUGUCAUAAGUAUUCUCCUGCAGGCCGUAGGCGGCAGCAUUCUGGGCGCCUCCGACAAUCACAAGCUCGGUUCCAACAUUAUUAUUGCAGGUCUAGUGGUACAGGUUCUAGUGUUUGGAUUAUUCGUCAUCACGGAAAUUAGAUUUCUGCUCUUGGCAGACAAAGUAUCGCCUCUGACGCCUCGCAUCUCUCGUCAGUGGAGGAUCUUGAACCUGAAUUUGUUCUGGUGCAGUAUUCUCAUCUUGGUGCGGUCCAUUGUAAGACUGGUUGAGUUUAUCCAAGGCUACAGUGGCUACAUUAUCAAGCACGAAUGGUUCAUCUACGUAUUUGACGCUGUGCCCAUGUUCCUGGUCGCCGUGUUCUUCAUUAUCACCUUCCCUAAGGGCAAUCUGUUCAAGGUGGAGUUCGAGUGUACUUCCAUGCUCCGAAAAUCCAACGAGGCGAGUGCUUAG